AUGUCGUAUCCGACUCUUCCAACAAAUCUCCCUCCGGCGACGCCGCAGAAACCCCUUCCUGGAGCUUACUUUGGGACUCCAGCGCCAGCUACGGCACGGCCUAUUCCAUCCAAGUCGCCACUGCAGACCCCCAUGCCAAAGCUUCCCCCAGCAGCCUCCAAAAACCAGAUAGUGAGCACUGAGGAACGCGGGGCGCGAACGAUCAAUCACAGCUUGGAAAGCGAGGCGCGUUAUCCAGACCUGGACAACUAUUUAUCUCAGGGCUCUUCUUCCGAGUACAAUAUUCCCGCGUCUCCAUCAUGGGCACCAUUCCAGAAAGUCAAAAUGUACGACAUUCCCGAUCAGAUCUUUGACCAAUACAACCGCGCACAAGUUUCUACCAGCAUGGGUCUAUUCGCCGACUUAAAUCAUGCGUGGGUGGCUAUUGAUAAUGCGUUGUAUAUUUGGGAUUUCACACACCCCAACCCGCAAUUGGUGGGAUUCGAGGAACAACCUAACAGUAUCAAUGCUGUAAAGUUGACCAAACCACGUCCGGGAGUCUUCUUGCCUGCAAUCACCCAUUUGUUGGUCAUUGCGACGACCGCGGAGAUCAUCUUGUUGGGCAUGGGCCAUGAGAACACGCCCAAUGGAGGCAAACAAGUGUCGUUGUAUCACACCGGGAUGUCUGUUGCAGUCCGAGGGUUAGAUAUCAAUGUUUUCGCGACAACCGCAUCCACCGGACGCAUCUUCUUUGGAGGGUCGUCUGAUACUCAUGUGCAUGAGGUUAGAUACCAGCAGGAUGAACGUUGGUUCCAAGGCCGCUGCGGGAGAGUCAACCACACGAGAUCGCUUUUAGCGGCAUUCAAGCCAUCGAUGAGUCUGAAAAAUCUUGCUCAGAGCGCUACCGAGCAUGUAGUGCAAAUGACAAUCGAUGACAGCCGAAACUUGCUCUAUACACUCUCCUCCAUGUCUACAAUUCGCGUUUUCCACAUGGGAACUGAUGGCAGCUUGAAACUCGAAAUCACUAAACUCGCCCCGGACAUCUACUCCAAUAUCGGACACAUCAUCACCGCAAACGAAGCCCUUAAUCCCAAAGUCAAAAUUGUAUCAAUCAGUCCUGUGCCAACCACAGAAGCGUCGCGGUACCAUCUUGUUGCAACGACGGCGACCGGCUAUCGCAUAUAUCUUAGCGCCACUAGCUCGAAUAGCUGGGAUCCUGCGUCAACCAUCGAUAAUUCUCCCACAAGCAUGCAGGCACUGCACGUGAAGACACCACCCGUCGAUACCUCGCCCGGCGUGAGUGGGAUGGCAUCAUCUAUCUCAUCUGUCUCACACCUUGGCGGGGGUUUGCCUUCUGCUGGUCAGAUCAACACUCUCUCACCCACUCGUCUUGCCGAGCGUUAUUCUCCAGGCUAUUUCUUCUGCUUUACUACCAAGGAUGCACAGCAAAAGAUGGAUACUCUUUUCAUCUCAACCCCGGAUUCUGGUCGGAUCGCUCAAUACCAAGAGAACCCAGUCAAUAACAAAGCUGCCGAGUCGGCCAUCACUCUGGAUCUGGGUGGCAAAGCAGAGGAUAUUGGGCUGGUUUCGGCUCCUUCAUCAGUUAGCAAUGAGUUGGCUGUUCAGUUCGACCACCCGGCUCCGGAAAUCGCAAUCUUGACUAAUGGUGGAGUCCAUAUCAUUCGUCGACGCCGUCUCGUGGAUAUCUUUGCCUCGUUGCUCCGUAGCGGCGGCAAUCCUCAUGAUGGGUUGUCUGGUGAGGUCCAGAAUUUCCUGCGAACAUAUGGACGAAGUGAGAUGCUGGCGACUGCUCUGGCGGUGGCUUGUGGCCAGGGUAUGGAAAUUUCCCCUGAUCAAAGACUGACUCGAAUCACCGAUCCGGAUAUCCUGGCUGCAGCACGCCAGGCCUUCAUCACUCAGGGUGGUCGAGCUCAUCUGAAUGAAAACGCCAUUGCGGACGGCACGACAUCUGUUCUAGAUGCAGUGCAGCCCUCUCCUCGACACACGGGCAUCGCGCUGUAUAUUUCCCGUCUGUUGCGAUCAAUCUGGAAGGAGAGAAUCGCGAAGGUGGGCAAAGGGCCUAACGGUGCAGAAUCUGUCUCUGCGUCUGUGAGUUCCAGUAAAUUGCAGGCUAUUCAGCAUGAUCUCUCUUCCCUGGACGAGUUCUUCAAAGCGAACAAGACCUUCAUUGAUGGGCUUAACGGGCCUGAUGCUCUUUCCCGGGUGAACAGCAAGCAAGAAGAAGUGGCUCUCCAAGCCGAGCACCGCGCACUAUAUUCACUUGUCCAGCUGGUUACACACACGAUCGAAGGAAUCUCAUUCAUAUUGGUUCUCUUCGACGAGCGGGUUGAUGAGAUCGUAGCGACUUUGCCAGCUGAAUCCAAGGAAAAGUUCCUAAGACUCACCUAUGAGGAAUUGUUUAGUUCCAAUAAGGGACACGACAUCGCCAAGGAACUUGUGAAGGGUAUUGUGAACCGCAACAUUGCCAAGGGCUCGAACGUCGAGACCGUGGCCGAUGCACUCCGACGACGAUGUGGCAGCUUCUGCAGUCCAGAGGAUGUGAUUAUCUUCAGGGCACAGGAAAUGCUGAAGCGUGCGACUGAGGCUGGUGCCAAUACGGAACUGGGCCGGAACUUGCUCAACGAAUGUCUGCAUCUCUUCCAGAAAGUGGCAGAGUUCCUGCCUAUGGAUUAUCUGGUUUCAGCUGUUGACAAUUUCAUUAUCAACCAGUUCUUUGCAGGUGCUAUCCAGCUUGCUCUCAACGUUGCCGCUCGCUCCGACAAGUCGAACCUUGCCUAUUCCUGGAUUAUGGACCAGCGUCCCGAACAGGUGCUUAUUCCCCUUAUUCCCUCAGGAUCCCAGCGCCAGCUCACGCUCACAACUACCCAGGACCCCCGCAAGGAAUACUUCUAUUUCCGCAAGCAAUGUUACGAUUUAAUCUUUAAAAUUGUACUUGCAGUUGACGCACUUGCUGCAUCCGACCCUGGACUCAUUGAUGGCCAACUCACCCCCAUCGCGAAACGCCAGAAUGAGGCAUAUGGCGUGAUUUCCGAUUCGACCGAUGAGGUGUUCCUUACGAGUUUGUACGACUGGUACCUCGAGCAGGGCUGGAACGACCGGUUGCUGCAGACCCAGUCGCCAUUUGUGGUCACUUAUCUCCAGCGCAAGUCAAACGAUGAUCUAGGCCACGCCGAUCUGCUCUGGCGAUUCUAUGCCCAGUCUCAACGAUUUUUCGAGACUGCCCAGGUUCAGUUCCACCUGGCCAACAGCGCCUUCGUGCUACCCUUGAGUCGUCGCAUUGAGUACCUUGGUCAAGCCCGCGCCAAUGCUUCGAUCUUCACACCGGACGUUGGACGUCAGUCAAGGCAGCGAUUGCUGCAGGACAUUUCAAACCUCAUUGAUGUGGCCAAUAUCCAGGAUGACCUCUUGCAACGACUGAAGGAUGACGAACGAAUCAUUCCCGAGCGGAAAUCCGAGAUCCUGCGCGAGGUCGAUGGACCAGUGAUGGAUAUCAGUACAUUGUUCAACAAAUAUGCCGACUCUGCCAGUUACCACGACAUUUGCCUCCAAAUUUUCUAUCAAGCCGACCACCGGAACGCGGCCGAUGUCAAGUCAACUUGGCAACAUUUGAUCGAGAGUGUGCAUGACGCCACCACCCAGCGCGGCUCACCGCAACCUUACGAAGCGGUGAUCGACAAAGUCCGCAGCCUCGGCAGUCGUCUACGGAUGUCGGAGACCAUAUUCCCGAUUCGCGAGCUCGUCCCCAUGCUCGAGCGAUACGCACUCGAGUUCCAGCGGAACGUCGGCCCAUCGACCUGGGUGGUGGAUCUCUUCAUCGAUCUUGGCGUGGCGCACGAAUCCCUGUACGCCGUGCUGGAAACCAUGUACUACACUGACGAGGCGCCCUUCCAAGGCUCGAACCGGCGGUUUAUUGCCCACGAUCUGCUGUAUCUGCUGAGUGGGUGGUUCCAGGAGACCGUGCGCCUGGGUGGCAUGGUUUUCGGGUCGGAUAUCGUUGCCGAGCGUGUCUCUGAAAUGCUGCUGAUCCUGCAGCAGAGCGGUGUCGUUGGUGGAGAACACUUGGAGAUCGCUCAUGACUUGCGGUCACGGAUCGAUGACAUCCUGCGGUAA